UUAUUCGAUAAGUGAAGAAAAUCAAAACAAAUUGGUGGAUAUUAAAAAUUAUGGAACUAAAUAUGCCCAUCAUCUUGUAAACGUUAAAAAAGUUGCUGGAGAAAUACAAAAAGAUAAACAUAUUGAUUUAAUCCCUUUAAUGUCAACUCCUUUACAUUCAAGUAAAUCGACGGGAAAUCUUCAAAAUAUUAUAAAUGAGGCAAAAAUAAACAAUAUAAACAUAAAAAAAUCAGGAAGCGUAAGAAUUAUGGAGAAAGUUUUUAAUCCAGAAGGUGUUAAAAUUAAAAAAGAAGCAAAAAAUUUAUUGCCAAAAUUUGAAGGAAGAACUACAAAAUGGGGUGAAAUAAAUGAAAAAAGAAAAGAAAUAAAAAGUUUUGUUAGAGAAAGUUUAGAAGUUGACGAACAAAUUUUUAAGGAAUAUGAGAUGUUUAAAGAAAAUGAAAAAUUGUUUGUUUUUGAUCAAGAACGUUUAAAUAAAAUAAAUUUGGAUGCUAAUUAUGAAGGGAAAAGUUUUGAAGAAUUGGAAAAAAUACUUGGAAAUAAAUGUAAGUUUAUGGAAAUUUAAAUAAAAUAUGUGAUUGAGGGAAAGAGGGAGGAGGGGGAAGUUGUUAGAAGUAGAAGAAUUACAGGAACGGGUCUGGAAUAAAUAAAAGUAUUGGGAAUUAGAA